AUGGCGCUAGAUGGUGUACCGGCAAAAAUCCUAGCCACGAUCAAGGCCUAUUAUCGCUGCACUACUGCGAGAGUCUUGGUUCGCAACAAUCUUUCCCAACCGUUCGGUAUUCGGUCUGGCGUUCGACAGGGUUGUAUCCUGUCACCCAUUCUGUUCAACUAUGCUAUUGACUGGAUUCUCGGGAGGGCCCUACGCGAGAGCGACGGCGUUGAGUUUGCACCCGGGCAUCGACUGACUGAUCUCGACUAUGCCGAUGAUAUCGCCUUACUUGCCUCAAGUUUUGGUGAUCUGCAGUCUAUGGUGUCACGGGUGAACGAGGUCGCUAAAUCGGCCGGUUUAUCCAUAAACGCUGGGAAGACCAAAGUGUUUUCAAGCUGCAUCCCUGACCAGGAGAAGGCACCCCUGGGGAUUGAUGGCUGUCAACUUGAAGAAGUAGACAGUUUUAAAUACAUCGAGGCGAGGCUGCUGCCUAAUGGACAGGGUAAGGACGACAUUGUCUCCUGA